AGUCAGGGUCCAUUAUCCACUCUUCGCCAGCAGCCUACAGAUAUGACUGCUCUCCAACAUCGGUCUCCGUCAGGAUUUGAGAAGCUUCCUGCUGAGCUUUAUGAUGAGAUUUUCUCCCAUGUGGUAGAUAUUUCGCCAGCCGAAAACCCACCAUGGGGUAGCGUCACGACUUCAUUCACUGACGGUUCCGACGAUAUCCACGUGCUUGAUUAUCUUAGAGAGGUCAGGCGUGACUAUGCGGGUUAUCUUCCAUCCUCGUGUGUCAAACUCCGCCUGGUCUCGAAAGCGUUCAAUCGCGCCGUGAGUCGUGUUUGGUUCCAGUACGAAUACCUCAAGCUCCGUGCGUUCGAUAAAACUGGCUGGUUUCGAAACGAAGCACUCCCGGACCCAGAAGACAAUCUAGAGAGAAGAGUCAUCAAGCCUAACUCUGUUGAAAACAUCAAAAAAUAUGUUAUACAGGGAAAUAAUUUCUCACCAUUUCUUCGACGACUACGGCUUCAGUUCUCGACAGAGGAUGGUUUUGGGAACAGUGGACGCAUGCACUGGCUAGCCCCCAAAGAUUCGAAUUCCAAUCCUGUUGAUAGGGAGUCAUUACUUGCCCUCCUAAAUGUACUACCAUCGGCCUUGGAGAAGGUGGAGCAAUUGGAAUGCUUGUGGGUCAACCUGACCGAAUCAUGGGAAAGCAUAUAUAGUGGAACUGGUAAACCUGAAGAUGAAUAUGCGCCCGACCUAGAUCUUUUCGCGAUCAAUGAGCUCCGGAGUUCCCUGUGCCGCUUGUUCUCUCCUACAUAUGCUCACAAGUUCCGGUUCCUCACAGAGCUUCGCCUUUCACUCCCAUGCACUUACGACUUCGCCGCUUUGAACAAAGCAAUGUCAGACGAGGCCACCGAACGCCUGAAACAUCUUUAUCUCGAGUAUGUUGAUGCAACUGGGCCAGGAGGCAGUUCUAAUUAUUUGGUUUGGGCCGAAGAAGGAGAUGAUGGCGAUGAAAGCUUCCCUCCUUCCAAUCUCCAGAAGGAAUACCCGAAUCACGUUUACAUGCAUCAUAUCUGCGAACUAGUUGGUCGAUGCAUCAACUUGGAGUCCCUGGGCCUACACGCUACGCACUAUCUCAAUCUUGACGAACUCGAUUGGAAACCGGCAGCAGCAGGCCUUCGCAAUAUAUACAUUUAUCGAGCUGUUAUCCACUCGGACACGCUCAUCAAACUUCUUGGUGCAGCCGAUGGGAGACCCUCGAACAUAUUUGCUGUUAACCUGAACGAGGUACAUCUCCUAGAUCAUACCUGGGCUAGAGUUCUGGAUCAUCUGUUGCAGGCCGAUGCCUUGCAAUAUUUCAACAUCCGCAAUUUGAAUUAUGCACUCCACGGUGAAUCAGCGGAGCUAAGUUAUUACAAUAAUAGACCAAUGGAAAAUAUCUCUCCAAUUUGGACAAAUGAGGAGGAUGAUGAAGAACGACUGGAAUCAAUUGUCAAGAAGGUAUUAGACGCCGGUGGUCUUGUUGGCGAUAACCUUGAACAGGUCGCAAAGGAAGCUGGCUACGACGUCAAGUACCCGAACUCUUCAAAAUACAUCAGUGGCUGGUAG